AUGAGUCCGCGCAGUGUGCCUGAGCAGAUGGCGACGGCGCAUUCCCGGUCAUGUGCAGCAGCCAGAGACUCAGCCCCAUCGCUCUCCAGUACCCACUCCAGGUCUCUGUCUUCGUCCACCAAGACCGGCACUCCUAUUCCUCCCAGCCUUCUCCCAUCGGCGCCAGCUUCGCCUCCCACCCCAGCGCCUAGUCCCACCCCUCACCAAAGACCUCCGACCUGGCAGACGACAACGGACGAGGAUGAUGAUGCCGUCCUGCUGAAUGCUAGGAUACACUUCAGUUCGCUCUCCAACGCGAAGAAACAAAGAUUCUUGGAAGGGAUACUUGGUUUAUGUGAUAGUCAACACCUGAGCUUUGUAUCCAGCUACGUUAGUCCUCGCUUGAGAAAGGAUCCGUUCUUGGUAUUCCCGAAUGAACUGUGCUUGAGGGUUCUAUCUUUCAUCGACGACCCCAAGACGCUGGCGAGAGCAUCUCAAGUAUCAAGACGCUGGCGGGAACUGUUGAACGACGAUAUCACGUGGAAAAACUUGUGUGAGAAGCAUUCGUACGCAUCCCGGAAGAUGUCGGAGGACGAUCGAGACUUCCUCGACCCUUUCCAUGGGCACCAGUUGCAUGCGGUGUCUAGUACCCAGUCGUUGAGCGGACUGCAAAGGCGACCCAAUCUGUCUAGCGUUCAGUCUCGGGACUGCCUCGCUGAAGUCCCGCGCUCUUUAUCGGGAGACUGGCUCUCCUUGUCAGGGUACCCAUCACGCAAGAAGCGGGUUAGACCGCUAUCUUACAGGUCCCACUUUAAGCAAAAGUACAUGGUGGAGUCUGCCUGGAAUAAAGGCGGGCGCAGUACCCAAAGACAUAUAACUCCUGACCAGGGCGUGGUGACCAGCCUGCAUCUUACUCCGAAGUAUAUCGUGGUUGCCCUAGACAACGCUAAGAUCCAUGUGUAUGAUACCAACGGAGAUAACCAGAAAACGCUCCAGGGCCAUGUGAUGGGGGUUUGGGCUAUGGUUCCGUGGGACGACAUUCUUGUCAGUGGUGGUUGCGACCGCGAGGUUCGUGUCUGGAAUAUGGCCACCGGUGCGGCGAUCUACCUCUUGCGUGGGCACACGUCAACAGUGCGCUGCCUUAAGAUGUCUGACAAGAAUACGGCAAUCUCGGGAUCGCGCGAUACAACACUGCGCAUAUGGGACUUGGCCACGGGCACUUGCAAGAACGUUCUGGUUGGGCACCAAGCUAGCGUUCGUUGCCUAGCUAUCCACGGGGAUCUCGUGGUUUCGGGAAGCUAUGACACCACCGCCCGCAUUUGGAGUAUCUCGGAAGGGAGAUGCCUCCGCACGCUUUCGGGCCAUUUCAGCCAAAUCUAUGCAAUCGCGUUCGAUGGCAGACGCAUCGCGACAGGCAGUUUGGAUACCAGUGUGCGGAUUUGGGACCCGCACUCGGGACAGUGCCAUGCUAUCUUGCAAGGCCAUACCUCCCUGGUAGGGCAGUUGCAGAUGCGGGGCGAUACUCUGGUCACUGGCGGCUCCGAUGGCUCCGUUCGUGUUUGGUCGCUAACUAAGAUGGCGCCCAUUCACCGGCUGGCAGCGCAUGACAACAGUGUGACUAGCUUACAGUUCGACAGCUCUAGAAUUGUCAGUGGCGGGAGUGACGGUCGCGUCAAAGUCUGGAGUUUACAGACUGGCCAAUUGCUUCGAGAGUUGUCGACCCCGGCGGAGGCUGUCUGGAGGGUCGCCUUCGAAGACGAAAAGGCCGUCAUCAUGGCCAGUAGAUCAGGUCGCACCGUUAUGGAGGUUUGGACUUUCUCGCCACCUCCCGAAGAAGAUGGGGAUGAUACGGUGAUUGUCGAGAGCGCUUCCAGCACACCAGGGCUUCAUCCGACGAAUACCGACAGCAGGCAUAGAGAUCGCUUCUCAGACCCUCCUCCAAGCCUGCCGCUCAAUAAUGAGGAUGACCAGGCGAUGACGGAUGCUCCUCUCUCUUGA